GAAAUAAUAAAGUAAGUAGACGUGAUCGUUCAAAUAGAAAGGAUAACGCAUCACAAGAUGAUAAGGAGGCAUUCAAUGACAAAACAAUGGUAAUGUAUUAUAAUGAUAUUAUUUCUGAAACAACAUCUGAAAUAGAAGACUAUAAUUAACGCAUAGUAAAUCUCUUAAGGCGCUCAGUACCGAAAGAACUCUGAAUGAACAACGAAAUAUAGACAUUCCAUUUACUGAGAAAUUAAUGAGAAACAAGAAAACAACUCGAGAACGAUCGUUAGAGUAUCUUGUUCAAGAUGAAGAAGGAAACAAGCAAACAAGAGAAGAAACUUCCACGGAAAAUAAUUCGUCAAUAAUCACACCUAAUACUGAAAACAUGCUUGUUAAUUUUAUCGAGCAUGUUAUUACUUCACGUGUUGAUAAAAGUCCAGCCACUACAUCGACUUCUUCGAAGGAAAAGUUUUUUGGACCAAUGAUUCCAAUAGAGGAGCGAGGUAAACUUCAAGAAAGAUCUUCGAUUGGAGUAGUCGAAAACGUCGACGUCGACGUCGAAACACCAAUACAGAAAACUGUUAAUAUAUCUACGAGGAUGAUAGAAACUUUGGAUAAUAGCGAAUUAUCUGAAGAAUUGGUAAAUUAUGGCAGUAAAAAUAUUAUCGAGGAGAAAAGAACACUGAUAGAGAUAAACAGGAAUAGCAAGUUGCUUGCCUCACCAGGCACGAUACACAGAAUAGUAUUUGAUGUAAUGAAUAGCUGUGUUUUGCCUGUCAGAUACACAUUCAGAGUAAACAGCACUCCUUUCAGACUGUAUAACGUUCAACCAACUUCCACAUGGGUAUAUCCUGGACAAAUGUGCAAUAUAGAGAUAGAUUUAGUUAUACCCAAUAAUGUUGCACCAGAUACAGCUAAUACUGUUACAUUAUCUAUUUUGGGUACAGAAAUAAAAGAAAAAUCUGUAUACUUAUAUGUGCAAGGAUCACUUUCAAAGCUAACCGAUGAUAUAAAACCAACUAUGGAAUACUCUUUCAAUGAUAACUGCGCUGGAAAAUUAGAAAAAGACAGAUGCUAUAAAUCCCGUUGGAGCAUUGAUAUUACAAUUCAGGACUACGAUUCAGGUUUAAAACGUGUCAUAUCAUCAGUAAAUAAUAUUUAUCCACGUACGGAAUUUAUUGGUGGCACAAGAAGUCCUGUAACAUUUUAUUACUCUGCCACGUGUUGUGAAAAGACUGUCAAAAUUACAGCAAUAGAUUUAUUAAAUAAUUACAACACUAUGACAAUAGAUGUCACAGAAUGGAACAACCUAUCAGAAGCACAAAUUGCAGCUAUUACAAUGGGGGCAUUGUUAGCUUUGCUACUCCUUAUUGUAAUCAUUGUUUCUAUUAUAUAUUGCAUUCAAAAAAGGAAAAGUCAUGAUUUUCCUUAUACACAACGAUAUGGAUCUAGACCACCUACGCAGCCAGAAAGAACUAAUUUC